UUUACUUCCAAAAAAACCCCUGCCUCGCCGUUGGUUUCUGUACAGAUACAUGUGUUUUGGGUAGCGACGCCGUAUAAGUCCUCAAUUGGCAUAAGAAUUUUAGUUAAGGGACUUAAUUUGUGCGAUAAAAUGUUGAGGGACCAAAUCGACUUUAGUAAAAUAGUUUGAGGACUAAAUUGACGAUUUUCCCUAAAAGUAAGUGUUGAAGCUUUUAAGAAUUGAGAAAAGAGCAGUAAAAGCUGAUGAUAGAUAACCUGAUAGAAGAAAGUCAACAAUGGUUUUAAAUUAGGAUUGACAAAGCAUAUGCACUGUGCAUCUGGCAUUUCUUUUUUUGGAACAUAAAAGCAUCUUGGAAAUUGUAGUGGUUUUUUCUCUUGUUUUGGGAAUCAAAGUUCAAGAGUGGUUUAUCCAUGAGCAUUUCAUGUUAUUAUCUACUAGAUAAAAUAUACCCAUGAGCAUGUUCAUGGAAUUAAUGUGGUGAAUCAGUUUAAGAUAUCUUUCUUUUUGUGCGCAUGCAUGUGUGUGUGUGUGUGUUCUUUUGGGAGUUAUUGCUAUAUGCUUAUCAUUGUUGUAUGUCAUUCCGCUUGUAGGGCGUGGGCGAGAAGAUUCAGUAUUAUUUUCAAGUCCAUCGAAGAUUUCCAUCACAAUUCAGAGGUCAUUCUUGUCUCUGUGUGAUUUUGUCAGCACAAGGUGCCAUAUCCGGUCCUAGAAUGAACAUGCGAGGAGCACAAGUCAUUUUUGAGGGACUAUAUGAGAUAGUUCGUCUCUCAGGCUUCUUCUUCGUUUCUAACAACGGCCAGGUGCAGCUGUCGGACAGUUUGAAAUUGACCUUUCGUGAUCCAGAUGGUGGGGUUUUCGGUGGCCCUGUGAUUGGUUCGCUGAUUGCUGCCACACCUCUUCAGGUUGCAGUGCUUACCUUCAUCCAUGAUGCAUGAAGAACAGAGAUAAGAAUCGGCAAAGCCGCCCAAUGAUCUGGCCUUUUCAUUAUUGGCUCUGGUUAUGUUUUUCGGACGAGGGAAUUAGUUUCGGGUGUCUCUUUGUUUGAUGGAUGUUUUCAUGCAUUUCAGGCUUGUAGACUUGGCAGCAUGCAUUUUUGCGGCUUACUUUCCUCAUGUUCUGUCUGGGUUUGGACGCAUGAACGUGAAACUACAGAAAAAUGAUUUUCAUAA